UUCCGAAAUGGCGGAAGGUGGACCUCCUGAUGUUGAGCUACAGAAAAAUGAAAUUAGACAGUUGAUUAAAGAACCCCUCAAAAAGGGAGAUAUCUGGUACUUGGUGGACGCUAAGUGGUUCAAGCAGUGGAAAAAAUAUGUAGGAUUUGAUGCAUGGGAUACAGUCAACACUGGAGAACAAACAGCCUAUCCAGGUCCAAUUGACAAUAGUCCAUUGCUGAAAGAGAGUGGUGCCCUGAAAGAGCACUUGGUAGAUGAGUUGGACUAUGUGCUGGUGCCAGAAGAGGGAUGGGAGAAGAUGUCUUCAUGGUACCCACCUGUGGAAGGUCAGAAACCCAUAGCCAGGAAGGUGAUAGAGCAGGGGAUGUUUGUAAAGCACUGCAAGGUGGAGGUUUAUCUCAUGGACCUGAAGCUGUGUAAAAAUGAAGACAUAGACCACUGCACCAGUAAACAGUUCAGCAGGGCAGACACCAUUGAUGAUAUUGAAAAAGAAAUGAGGCGGAUAUUUAGUAUCACGGAUGACAAAGAGGUCCGCCUGUGGAACAAGUACAUGUCCAACACUUACGAACACCUGAACAAACCUGACAACACAGUACAAGAUGCUGGCCUUUACUCGGGACAGGUGAUAGUAGUGGAGCAGCAGAAUGAGGAUGGUACCUGGCCCAGGCAGACCAAGAGUACGUCAGCCUACAAUUCUGGCUCUGCUAGUACAGCUACCACAAGUACUCAGAUUGAAUCUGGUCCUUCAUCUACAGCCACUUCUUCUACCAGCAGGUCUAUCUACAACAGCAGUGGUAGCAGUAGUUCUUACUCAAACCACGGCUAUGGCUCCUACUACUCUAACAGAGGCAGUGCUUCCCCAGGUCUUUGUGGACUUAGCAACCUGGGCAACACUUGUUUUAUGAACUCUGCUUUGCAGUGCAUGCACAAUGUCCCACCAUUGGUGGAGUACUUCCUAGCAGAUCGCUGGAAAGAUGAGCUCAAUCUAGAUAACCCACUGGGUAUGAAGGGAGAGAUAGCCAAGACCUUUGCCUCCCUUAUACAUGAUGUAUGGUCGGGAAAGUAUAGCUAUGUGAUACCAAGAGAUUUCAAGAUUGCAGUAGGCAGGUUUGCCCCCCAAUUCUCUGGCUACCAGCAACAAGACUCACAAGAACUGAUGGCAUUCCUGCUGGAUGGGCUACACGAAGACUUGAACAGGGUGAAGAAGAAGCCUUACGUUGAGGUGAAAGAUGCAAAUGGAAGACCAGACCAUGAAGUCGCCAAGGAAGCUUGGGAUAGUUACAAGUUACGCAAUGACUCUGUUAUAGUAGACACUUUUCACGGACUUCUAAAGUCUAGGCUUAUAUGUCCGGAAUGCGAUAAACAUUCUGUAACUUUUGACCCCUUUUGCUAUCUAUCAUUACCCUUGCCGUACAAGAAAGAGAGACAGAUUGAAGUGUUCUUAGUUGCUCAAGAUCCUGCAAAGAAGUUAGUGCAGUACAAAUUGACAGUACCCAAACAAGGCUCUGUAGCAGACCUGUGCAAUGCUUUGUCCAAACAUACAAAUAUUCCAUCAGAAAAGAUGGUGGUGACAGAUGUCUACAAUCAUAGGUUCCACAAAGUGUUCUCACAUGAUGAGGGCUUGAAUCACAUAUUAGACAGAGAUGAUAUAUUUAUUUAUGAAGUGCCAAUUAGCAGCCACGAUGACCCAGAAACUGUGAUUAUCCCAGUAUAUUUAAGGGAAAAAAGGAAAGGGUACCAUGCUGCCCUGUUUGGACAGCCACUCUUGGUAGCUGUACCCAGAAAAACAUGCUCUUACGACGUCCUCUACACUUCUGUACUACAAAAAAUGAGUCGUUACGUAAAGGAGCCAGCAGAAGAUGAAAUUUGGUGGACUGAAGAGAAAGAAAUGAAUGGAGAGGGAUCAGACAUGGAAACUAGCAGUGUAGACAGUGAUAGUAUGCAAGACAACAAAGAGACAGAGGAGGAUGGGCAGCAAGAGGAGGAACAGCCAGAGGGGGAGGGACAGCCACUAGAGGAAGAACCAAAGGAGAAAAAACACAGAAUGUUUGAAUUCCACCUAGUCAACUCGUAUGGGAGCAGUGAAAUUGGUGCUUUGAAAGAUGAUGGAAAACCCAUCAAGUUUAGUAAUCGGUCCUACCUAGCAGUGGACUGGCAUCCAAAGGCAAAAGAAAAGUUCUAUGAUGAACGAGCUGCUGAGGAUAUAGAUGUCCAUCCUACUGUGAACCAAAGGGCAGCCAAACAACAGAAGCAGCCCAUACAGCUUAGUGAAUGUUUGGAUCUCUUCACAACUGAUGAAAAAUUAGGAGAGCAUGAUUUGUGGUAUUGUCCAGACUGUAAGAAGCAUCAACAGGCCACCAAGAAGUUUGACCUCUGGUCACUGCCAGAUUACCUGAUUAUCCACCUGAAGAGGUUCUCUUAUAACCGCUACUGGAGGGACAAGUUGGACACUUUUGUGGAGUACCCCACCAAGGGGUUGAACAUGAAGAAUUUUGUAAUUAACAAGAGUGCUGGUCCACUACUGUAUGACCUGAUAGCUGUAUCUAAUCAUUACGGAGGCAUGGGAGGAGGUCAUUACACAGCAUAUUGCAAGAAUAAAGAACUGGAGGAGUGGCAUUACUUUGAUGACUCCAGUGUCUCCCAGACCACUGAAGAUGCUGCAGUGACAAAGGCUGGGUAUGUGUUGGUCUACCAACGGCGCAGUGCUGUCAUCAACGACAAACAAAAAGCUGACAUCCCUGCCGCACUGGGCAUGUCUCCAGACUCAGACGGGAAUGUGGACAUCAUGGCGGACAGCUCCGAGUACAGUGAAAGCAACGGAGCCAGUAACCACAAUGAUGAUGACGAUGACAUGGAAGUGAGCAAUUAGAGACAGUUGCUAUAGCUACGUGUUAUAGCUGCGUAGUUGCAGGGAGGGUAACAGCUUUAUCACGGCCCACUACAUGUAUGACCCAAGAUUUUUUUUUCUUCCAUAAUGAAAGUGUGAGCAAUCAGAGAGACAGCAGUUAUAGAUAUGAAUAAUAUAUAAAUCAAAAUACAUUUAUUGAUGGUGACAAGAAUUUAGUGGUGGAA